AUGACUGAUUCCAGUAGUGAGAUGGAAGAUAUUGUUAAUGAUACAUCGAAUCUAAAUGAAGACCAGCAUGUUAAAAGUGCUAAGACAGAAGGCAAUCAUUGUGAGGAGGACAGUGAAGAAGAUGAAUCAGAAGAAGAGAACUGGGAAGAAGGCAGAGAAAUGGAAGAUGAUGAACUGAUAAAAGCAAUAAAAGCUGCUAAAGAAAAAAACAGAAAGCAUCCUCCCGAUUUAAAUUUUGAAGAUAUAAUUGUUGAUAUUUCUUUUCAUCCUAGUGCUAACAUAAUUGCUGCUGGUUCAGUAGUUGGAGAUGUUAUUUUUUAUAAGUAUUCAAAUGAAGAAAAUGAAUUGUUGAGAUCUGUAGAACUUCAUGUAAGUUCUUGCAGAAAUGUUGAAUUUAGUGACGAUGGAUUAACUUUGUACUCUUGUGGAAAAGAUAAAAGUAUAAUGAUAACUGACAGUGAAACAGGAAAAUUAAAAAAAUUUUAUGAUGAUGCUCAUGAGGAUCCAUUAUACUCUUUGUAUGUCUUUGAUACAAACAUAAUAUGCACUGGAGAUGAAGAAGGAACAGUUAAAGUUUGGGAUAUAAGAAGAAAUAAACCAGUUAUGUCAUUUAAAAAAAUGGAAGAUUUUGUCAGUGACAUGGUUACAAAUGAAGCUAAAAAAGUAUUAGUUUGCUCUAGUGGUGAUGGAACAAUAACUUCAUUUAAUAUCUCUUCUAAGAAAAUGCUUAUACAGAGCGAAGGAUAUGAUUCAGAACUAAAUUGCAUGCAAUUAAUAAAACAUGAAAGAAAAUUGGUCACAUGUUCAUCCAAGGGGAAAAUGUAUUUGUUUAAUUGGGGAGAAUUUGGAUAUCACAGUGAUGAGUAUUUUGGUUUAAAAAAUUCAAUAAAUUCAAUGGUUGCCAUUACAGAAAACAUGGUUGUUCUCGGUUAUGACGAUGGAAAUAUCAGGGCAGUAAAUUUUUUCCCACAAAAACAGUUGGGAGUUGUUGGACAGCAUGAUUUUUCAAUUGAAUCACUUGACAUUUCUCACGAUGGAGAAUUUAUUGCAUCAUCAUCAAUUGAUCAAAAAGUUAAAUUUUGGAAUAUCAGAUAUUUUGAGGAUUUAAUUGCUGAAGAAAAAAAAACAGACAAAAAAAUUGAUAUGGAAAAAAAUUUGCCUUCAUCGAAAGUAAAAAACUUUUCUGAUUUUUUUGGAGAAAUGAUGUCGUAA